CAAAGAUGGAUCUUCAAGUCUCUUUUGUGCUGCUUUUCAUUCUUUUCACUGGAGGAUACUCUCUAAACUGUACACAGUGCAUACCAGACCUGACGGGUACUUGCAUAGAACAAACGGAGACAUGCUUUAGUGGAUUUUCAGAGUGUAUAAGUUCAAAAGUGAAAAUAACUGGUGUCUCUACUAUGGACAUAAAACUAAAGACUUGUGCUCUGCCGAGUUAUUGUCAAAUUGGGAACAUGAACCUCGGUGACAUUAAGAUUUCUUCUUCAUGCUGCAGCACUGACAACUGUAAUGACAAAGAUGCUCCAGAUCCCAGCUCUACCCCCAAUGGGAAGCAGUGUUACUCUUGCAAUGAUCCAAACUGCUCAAACGUGUUGAAAUGUUCAGGGAAUGAAGACUACUGCGUUAAAGCGACAGGGGCUUUUGGCGGCGUAUCAGCUACUGUAAAAGGAUGUGUCUCUAAAUCUGUCUGUGAUGCUGCAACAUCGGUUCCAAAUGUUGCGGAUGUCACAUGCUGUCAGGGGAACCUGUGUAACAGUGCAAAGAGCUUCACCCAGAGCUUCAUGCUUCUCUUGUUGCCACUGUUCUCCUACACCCUGUUUCACUGAGUUUCACAAAGUGUAUGAACAUGAUUUUGGUAAAUAUAGGGAUAAUAGAUCCAUCCAUCCAUCGUCAACCGCUUAUCCUGUGUACAGGGUCGCGGGGGGAUAAUAGAUAUAUUGCAAAAUUAGUCAACUUUGGUGUAUACUUUUAAGUUUUUUGAGUAACAAUAUAAAAUAAUGUUUACGCCUUUGAGUCAGUUUCCAUCACAGGAUUUGAAUGUGUUCAAAUGACUUAUUUCUUGUUUUACUCCACUUUUCAAUAUAUAUUGGUGUUUUAUUGUGCAAAUGUUUUAUGCUUCCUAUUUAUUGGUGUUUCAACUCAAUCUCAUGUUCUUAUGUAUUUAUACAAUAAUAUUGUAUUUAAGAACGGGAAGUCAAGGGUUAAAUUGUUUUUAACAAAAUGGUGUAAAACAAUUGGAAAUGGUGGGAAAAUUUUGUAUUUAAGCGAGAGGGAAAAAAGACGGGCAACCAGUGUUGGAGCACAUGGACAAGGUUGUUAGCGCUGUUUGAGCAUAAUGGAAAUGCUGGUCUCAUUGUUAAUGAGGGAAGUGGGUACUGCUUUAAUAGCAUAAACAGGUAGCUUUUAGACUGUUUUUAAAAUGACCUUGGUUUAUUUGCUCUUAAAGGGGUCAUACUAUUUUAUAAAUUUUUUUGUAUCAUUUUAUUAUCUUCCAUGGGGUCCACUUAUAAUGUUAGUAAAGUUUUUUGCAACAAACAGUCAUAAUUGAGUCAUAUGUAAUAAUGUUCCACCCUGUCGCUGUCCGAAAUGCUCGCUGUGGCCCUUAAAGACUUCAAUGUAAACUCCCACUGUUGUGAUUGGCUAACGUCAUACUAUGGAGUAAAUUUCCCACCCAACGUAUUGCGCUCGCAGAUCAAAAAAAUAAUAAACAGUCAUCUGACAUUUUUUGCUCUUAUUUACAUUUUUUGCACACUUGCUGUGUUUUUCUUUGCUCACAUUUCCAAUUUCUUCACUUGCGCUUCCAAAUUUUGCAGGUAGAGUUUCAUUCCAAACAGGGCGGGGUUUAGCAUCCCCAUUGGUCCACUAGUUCUAGACUGACAGCUCUAAAUCUAGCCAAUCAAAGUGGGGAGUUGACGUCACUCCAGAGUGACUCUGGUUUACUGCUGUGCUCAAAUGUGAACAGAUGAAGAUCGAUAAGACAGCAGAGAAGGUUUGCCUCAUUUUCUCUCUUUUAAACGAAGAACUGUGUUACAUCAAAUGACCUACAGUACGUUGAAAAUAGCUUGUUAGCCUAUACUGGUCACCCAAAAGCAUCACAAGCUUAAGUUGAUCGUAGAGAGCGUUGGUGGCAAUGGUUUCUAUGAUCUAGGAUCUCAACAUAAGGUGCACUUCAAACUGAUCUCAUCCUAUAUUCAAUAUUCGGAAGUUGAACAUCACUAUGUAAGAAAUAACCUGCUAUUAAAAUGGAUACGAGAUGGGAUGUUGUGAUUAUGCUGCUCGAGUAUUUUAAUAACACAUGGAAAUCCCACCUUUGAGACUUGACCUGCACUCCAGUGUUAAAGACGUGAGAUUUGACUCUGACUUCAGGUGAAAGACUCGUGAUCAUUUCUGAUACUGUGUAGCUAAACAUUUACAGCAACUUUACCCCAUUAAUAAAACACAAUAAUACACUCACCAAACUGAAUGGUAAGCACAAUAUCCCUAUAAGGGAAUCAAAUAAGUUUGAUUCAUUUAAGUAUAAAAAACCAUGUAUGCAGCACACCAUACCGAUCAUUCAUGCUUACAUUCACGUAACUCUUUUUUUAAUUUCAUUUUUUAUCCCCUUUUCUCCCAACUUUGAAUGCCCAAUUCCCACUACUUACUACGUCCUCGUGAUGGCGUGGUUAUUCAUCUCAAUCUGGGUAGCGGAGGACAAGUCUCAGUUGCCUCCGCUUGUGAGACCGUCAAUACGCAAAUCUUAUCACGUGGCUCGUUGGGCAUGACACCAUGGAGACUCCCAGCAUGUGGAGGAUCAUGCUACUCUCCGCAAUCCACGCAUAACUUACUAUGUGGCCAAUUGAGAGCGAGAACCACUAAUCGCGACCACGAGGAGGUUACCCCAUGUGACUCUACCCUCCCUAGCAACUGGGCCAAUUUGGUUGUUUAGGAGACUUGGCUGGAGUCACUCAGCACGCCCUGGAUUUGAACUUGUGACUCCAGGGGUGAUAGUCAGUGUCAAUACUCGCUGAGAUACCCAGGCCCCCACACUCACAUAAAGUCUUAUAGAAAUGCUAACAUGCAGUGUACUGACUGAGCAGUAAGUUUGCCUAAUUCAUGAAUCAUGAGCAAAAUAAAUGUAUGUGUAAAUGCAUGCUCAUUUAAAUAAAUGCCACAAUUUACACAAUAAUUGUUUUGCUAAUGAUUUGCACAUAUUU